AUGGUAGGAGAAGAGGAUAAAACAUGCAAGGAAAUAAGAGGCAGAGGAGAGCGGCAACGUAGGCAGCAAGAACGUCUACAGCUUCAGCUAAUGGAAGAGGAGCAGCAAUUGCCUGGAUUUGAGGAUGACAAUGGUCAGUUUCGUAAUAAGCAGGAGGAAGUUCAGCAGACACCGGGUCAGUUCAUGAAGAGGUUUCGGCUGCCGGAGAAUGCUAGGACCGAUCAGGUCAAGGCUUCCAUGGAGAAUGGAGUGCUCACUGUUACUGUUCCCAAAGAGGAAGCGAAGAAGCCUGAUGUCAAGUCUGUUGAGACCCAUCUCGGCAAGGUGCCCGGCUGUGGCUGGGAACAUUUGACGACUUGA